GACGUCGUGCCGCGCGCGCGCAGGCAACGCUCGAGCACACGACGAGUGACUCCAGCCUUGAAGCGUCCCGUCUUGAAUACUACGCGGAGCUCGGAAGGGAAAAAAAAAAAACAAAAACAACUUCUCACACAAACUUUAAAUCCUUUCACGACUAUUCUCUUCAGACGGAAUCAAAAUCCGAGUGGAUACCUUCCAGCGAAAACAUUUUUCGAAGCCGUUUUUAAUACGAGUUGAGUGUUUUUAACCGUGUGCUCGCGGCGGCGCGGGGCUCUCUGGCAACUGGCUUUUUCACGCAAAAGUUUGACCUCGCGAGACUGCCGAUAGAAACCAAGUCUUUUACAAACAAAUUUUAUUGUUUUAAUUUUUCCCUGUAGUUGUUUUUAUCUUUAACAAACUUUUUUAAGCCGAAACUCCAAGUCCGUCGAGUCGCUAAAACUUAAUCUGCCUUUACAGUGAAAUCAGUGAGACGGCGCAUCUCCAUGUGGAAAUCCGACGCGGCUCUCGAAGAUACAUUUUAACCGAGGAGAAAUUGUAUUUUUGUGAUCGGUUGUGUUUUCUUCAAGCAUUUGGCAGCUGGACACAACGAUGAAGGCGAUUGUUGCGCUUGCAGUUUGUGUAUCCGCAGUGAUUUUUGUCUCUGCCAGCCCGAGUGAACAGAAGUCAAAGAACUGCAAUGAAGUCCGAACAGCGUACAGCUCCAAGGGCUUCAACAGUAACGACGUUCCCAACAAAGGAGUGUAUGAAGCCGAUCUGAAGGUGUGCCCUCAAGGCUUCUCGUGCUGCACUCUGGAGAUGGAGGAGAAGCUGAGUCAGCAGAGUCGCUCGGACCUGAAGGCCCCAAUCUCCCAGCUGAGCUCCAACCUGCAGACCACCUUCACGCAGAGACACCAACAUUUUGACCAGUUCUUCAAAGAGCUGCUCGACAAUGCAGAGAAGUCAUUGCACGACAUGUUCGUGCUCACCUACGGAGUGAUGUAUGUGAAGAACGCCGAGCUCUUCAAGCACUUUUUCCGUGACUUGCGGCUCUACUACAUAUCAGGCAGCUCUGUCGUGCACCUCGAUAACAUGCUGUCGGAGUUCUGGGCCGAACUACUUGAGCGGAUGUUCCGCCUGGUCAAUGCACAGUACGAGUUCAGCGACGCAUACAUGGAAUGUGUGAGUCGGCAUACAGAGGAGCUAAUGCCAUUCGGCGAUGUGCCGCGCAAGCUGAGACUGCAGCUGAGCAGAGCUUUCAUUGCUGCCCGCACCUUCACCCUUGGCCUGGCUCUCAUACCUGAGGUGGUCAGCAAAGUCUCCACGGUGAGUGCCUCUCCAAGCUGCGUGCGUGCUGCUAUGAAGAUGCUGUACUGCCCAUACUGCACAGGUCAAGUGGCCCUGAAGCCCUGUAAAAACUACUGCCUCAACGUAAUGCGUGGCUGCCUGGCCAACCAAGCCGACCUCGACACGGAGUGGAACAACUUUCUGGAUGCCAUGCUGAGUCUGGUUGAGAGACUGGAGGGACCAUUUAACUUUGAGUCAGUAAUAGACCCCAUUGAUGUGAAGAUCUCUGAAGCAAUCAUGAACAUGCAGGAGAACAGCAUGCAAAUCUCACAGAAGGUAUUCCAGGGUUGCGGGCAGCCAAAAAAAGAACUGCGCUCCAGGCGUUCUACAAAAGACUCAGGAUUCCCUGGUCGCUUCCGGCCAUACAGCCCAGAUGCCAGACCCACCACUGCAGCUGGCACCAACAUGGAUAGACUGGUGGCCGAUGUGAAGAAGAAGCUAAAGCAUGCCAAAAAGUUUUGGUCUACUUUACCAGAGACAGUCUGUGUUGGAGACAGGGUCACCCAGGGGGAUGAGUGCUGGAAUGGCACAGCCAAGAGCAGGUACGAGUCUGUGGUCUUGGGCAACGGCUUAGCCAAUCAGGUCUCCAAUCCACAUGUGGAAGUGGACAUCACCAAACCGGACAUGGUGAUACGCAAACAGAUUGCUGUGCUGAAGGAAAUGACCGUAUGGCUGAAAGCAGCACACAGUGGAAACGACAUCACGUAUGACACCGAGGAUGGCAGUGGAGAGGGUAGCGGCAGUGGCUGUGAUUCAUCCUCCUGUGACAACGACACAGACAUGUACUUCUCCACAGCAACACCUAAGAAAGUGCGCAAAAUUCCAAAUGUCGGGAGUUCCUCCAGCGGUGUGCGGCUGGCACCGUACAGCCUGGUGCUGACCCUUGCAGGUGCUGCUCUGACCCUCCUGAUCUCCCGCACCAGAUAAGAGCGCUUCAGAGGCGAAGGAUGAGCAUUAUUGCAGAGAAGAAACUGUCUUUUUUUUAAAAAAAAAAAAACAAAAAACAAAAAAACAAACCAAGAAAAGAGGAUGCCUUUAAGACUAUGGUAUGUCUGCCAUCUAGGAAAGACUCUCAAGUUAUUAAUACUCAAAUAACGUCACCCUAAUAUUUUUUUGUUCCUUUUUAAUACGAAUGGACUCUCAUGUACAUGGGAUUCUGAACCAGAAACACCUCCCUUUCGUACCAUUUUUCCUGGACUUUGCUUCCCAAAGUCAUUAUCAGUGUUUACAGUAGCACAUGGAUAUAUAUUCUUUUUUUUGUUUGUUUUUUUCCAAAAGGAGCUUUACAGGCUGAGAUUUGCUCUAUAUUUAGGUGUGUGUGUGUGUGUGUGUGUGUGUACGAGAGAGUAAGAGCUGGUGUGAAUGACUUUUUUCCUUUUUGUUUGUUUGUUUGAGAGAGCCUUUCCUAAGAUAGCUUAUUAAUUAAUUCCUAUACCAUGUUUAGACUGAGUGAAGCAAAAUGUAGCAGGUACACAAUCACCAGUUAAACACCUGUUAUGUGUGUAUGCUUCUGAGUGCCAGCGUGUGUGACAUAGAUGUCGAGAAACCUUAAGCGCACCAAGCGUUUCAGUUAAUAAUGUUAAAAGAUGAGGGCCAAGCCGCGAAAUAUGGUACAGAGUCAAAAAUGGCUAGCAUGUGCAGAUUUAAAGGGUCCUUUUUUAAAAAAAAAAAAAACAAAACAAAAAAAAAAACAAA